AUGGAUUUUCUCCCUAGGGUGUGUGGAUCAUACGAGGCMAUGGGUCUUGGACGAAUCAGCGAAGCGCUGCAAGACUUUACUGGUGGUGUAAUAGAGAUUAUAGAUGUUAAUGAACAAAACCGGYCGAAYCUGUUUAAUAUCAUAUCAAAAGCUCAUGAAAGACAAUCUCUGAUGGGAUGCAGCAUUGAGUCACAAAGCCUCUCCAAUUCAGGCGUUGAAGGUUACCUUGACAACGGGCUUAUAACUAAACAUGCUUACUCGAUCACUGGAGUGACCAAGGUUUCUUUAACCUGUAUUCGAGGAAGACCGGAUGUAGAACUGCUACGGAUAAGAAACCCCCAUGCUAAUGAAGCUGAAUGGAAGGGAGCCUGGUCAGACAGGUUGGUGUUUUAA